GAGUAGGUGUCCAAACUUUUGACUGGUACUCUACAUUUUUUGUACUAUUUCUAAAAACAUUUUUUUCCAAAGCGUCCAGCCUUGACCAUCUAAUUUUGUAUUGAACUCAAAGUGUUUAUCAUCAAGGGUCCUCAUGAAUUUAGCCUACUACAAACCCACAAGCAUAGUGCAUUUUACCAAGCUUGAAAGAUGCAGUACAAGUUUAUUGAUGCUGUAGGCAAAAAGAAAAACAUGAGAGGUAGGCUAACCUGAAAACCAUUUUAUAGAUUUGGGAGGGGAUCUUAUUUGCAUAAUGAGGAGAUGACUAAUGAAAAUGUGCAAGUGCAGGACAGCAGAAAUGUAGAUGAUGAUGUAUAGGCUAUCUAGUGCUGCAUCCUUGCAGCCCCUACUGUCGAUUUUUAGCUCUGGAUUAUUGGGAGACAUUCCUUGCCAGAACAGCCGUGCGAGCUGACGGGAGGGGCGGGACAGAGGGCUACCUAACGAUCGGAAAGUAGCAGCCUGGGUAGCAGACCUCAUUUCUUUGGAGGUGCAGAUCGGCCAAACUCGACAACAAUCUUUCAGUUGAAUCGGUCAACCCCGCUGUGCCUCCUUUAAAUGGGCUUUUUAGUGCGCCAUACAUAGCAAGUCCUAUUUUCCAGUUUAAAGAAUUGAAGAGAAAGAAAGCAGGUUUAAGGGGGAUAAUCCGAGUGAGAGAAUUUAGCUUUUUUUUCCCAUCAAUCUAAUGAUUCAGACUGGCAAGUAAACAAGGACAAACUGCAUGUGUAACUGUUUAGGGGAGACUCAAGGAAAAAUAAAACAGCUGGGCAUGACUGAGAAAGAAUCGGCAACAGACAACAUAAUAGCAGAUGCAAUGGCAACUCCCUCUCCGGCAAAGAGCAUGGGUGACCCUGGCAUCACCCCACUGUCACCCUCACACAUUCAGCAAAAUGACACGGACUCGAAUGCCCACACGGGACCUUCGUUCAUCGUGGUGGUUGCUGUCGACUUUGGCACCACUUCCAGCGGCUACGCUUACGCCUUCACUAAGGAGCCAGAAUGCAUUCACACCAUGAGACGCUGGGAGGGCGGCGACCCCGGAGUAUCCAAUCAGAAGACGCCUACCACCAUCCUCCUGACCCCGGACAGGAAGUUCCAUAGUUUUGGCUACGCAGCACGUGACUUUUACCAUGACCUGGAUCCAACCGAGUCCAAGCACUGGCUCUACCUGGAGAAGUUCAAAAUGAAACUCCACACCACUGCGAAUCUCUCCAUAGACACAGAACUCCAUGCAGCCAAUGGGAAGCGAGUAAAAGCUAUUGAUAUUUUUGCAUAUGCUCUGGCGUUCUUCAAGGAACAAGCACUUAAGGAGUUAAGUGACCAGGCGGGUGCAGAGUUUGACAACACAAACAUCAGAUGGGUCAUCACAGUGCCAGCCAUCUGGAAAAUGCCAGCCAAGCAGUUCAUGAGGGAGGCAGCCUACAAGGCUGGUCUGGUUCCCCGUGACACCCCAGAGCAGCUGAUCAUCGCCCUUGAGCCUGAGGCAGCCUCCAUCUACUGCCGCAAGCUCCGCCUCCACCAGAUGAUUGACAUUGGCACCAAGACCACCCAGAAUGGUUUCAGCCCCAAUGAGAACGUGGGGGCAGGGAUGACCCAGGCCAAGGAGCCUGUCCGGAGCAAACGGCAGAGCCGCACCUUUUUGGUGGAAAAUGUCAUAGGGGAGCUUUGGUCGGAGCUGGAAGAAGGUGACCGCUAUGUGGUGGUUGACUGUGGUGGUGGAACGGUUGACCUCACGGUCCAUCAGAUACAGCUCCCCGAGGGACAUCUCAAAGAGCUCUAUAAGGCCUCAGGCGGUCCUUAUGGCUCCAUUGGUAUUGACUAUGAGUUUGAGAAGCUCCUGUGUAAGAUCUUCGGGCCCGACUUCAUCGACCAGUUUAAGAUUAAGCGGCCGGCUGCCUGGGUGGAUCUGAUGAUCGCGUUUGAGUCCAGGAAACGGGCGGCGGCCCCGGACAGGACCAACCCCCUGAACAUCAACCUGCCCUUCUCCUUCAUUGACUACUACAAGAAGUUCAGAGGUCACAGUGUGGAACACGCCCUGCGCAAGAGCAAUGUGGAUUUUGUGAAGUGGUCCUCCCAGGGCAUGCUGAGAAUGAACCCUGAUGCCAUGAAUGCCCUCUUCAAGCCCACAAUAGACCACAUCAUUCAGCACCUCACUGACCUCUUUGAUAAGCCGGAGGUGUGUGACAUCAAGUUCCUGUUCCUGGUGGGCGGCUUCGCUGAGUCGCCGCUGCUGCAGCAGGCGGUGCAGAACAUGCUGCAUGGCCGCAGUCGCAUCAUCAUCCCCCACGACGUGGGCCUCACCAUCCUCAAGGGGGCCGUCCUCUUUGGCCUGGACCCCAGCGUCAUCAAGGUGCGCCGCUCGCCCCUUACCUACGGCGUGGGCGUCCUCAACCGCUACGUAGAGGGCAAGCACCCACCUGACAAGAUGCUGGUGAAGGACGGCACGCGCUGGUGCACCGAUGUCUUCGACACCUUCAUUGUGUGCGACCAGUCCGUGGCCCUGGGCGAGACGGUGAAGCGCAGCUACACGCCCGCCAAGCCCAGCCAGCAGGUCAUCAUCAUCCACAUCUACUGCUCGGAGAAGGAGGGCGUGGGCUUCAUUAGCGAGCCGGGCGUGAGGAAGUGCGGCACGCUGCGGCUGGAUGUGACUGGUACGGAAACCAGCGCCGCACGCCGUGAGAUCCAGACGCACAUGCAGUUCGGGGACACGGAGAUCCGGGCCAUGGCGGUGGACGUGGCCACCUCGCGUACUGUCAAGGCUAGCAUCGAUUUCCUCGCUCAGUAAAUAGCGUGACAGAACCAGAGGGUCAAAAGGUCAUAGGAAGUGAAAUCUCCAGCAGCACAGCACACAAUGAACCAGAGGACAGUGGCUAGAAUACUGUAGCAGUAUAUUGAUCUUUAGGCCUGUUCAAAUUCCCUGUAGCAUGAUAAGUGCUAGUUUGUUUCUGCUUUAACUAACUCCUUGGUCAGAAACAAACAAGCUCUCAGGUUUUCUACCAUCUGUGUAUGUACUGUGUCUAGUCUUAAAUGCAGGCUAUAUUGAUGUGAUCUGCUCUAGAGAUUUACACAGACUUGCAGAUAUUGCUACUGAUACAUGCAGCCUUGUUUCAGGUUCAUUGUGUGUUAUCUGUAGUUAGUGUGCUGUAGCUGUUUUAGGUCAUGGUAGAUGGAUACUGUAGUGGAUACUGUAGUACUCCUCUUACAGUGACAACAUCAUGCUAUGACACAAUGCUGCACAAACCUCAGUGUCCUCUUCAACCCUGGCUCAUGGGACCGUCUUUUCAUAACUCCUAUGAUUAUUAAGACAUUUAAAACCAAACCCCUGGGGCUUCCAUGAACUCAUUCCACGGAGGGCCGAGUGUGUGCAGGUUUUGGGUUUUUCCUUUCAAUUAAGACCUAGAUAACCAGGUGAGGGGAGUUCCUUACUAACUAGUGACCUUAAUUAAUCAAUCAAGUACAAGGGUGGAGCGAAAUCCCGCAGACACUCGUCCCUCCGUGGAAUAAGUUUGACACGUGCUUAACAGGGUAGCUUUCGAAUCUGUAUUUAUCUCUACCGUCUCCUGUGGUUCGGCCCAAGAUGUCAUAAAAAGGAGUUCUAUUACCAUACGAAAACAAACUUGGUGCAUUAGCUUUAAAAAUGUUUGGUCAAAUUUAGUCAGACAGUCUCCUAUCCUGUCAACAAUAUAUGUUUAAUGGUUUAUUGUGUACUGCGAACAAAUCUGUGUUGGAAAUAUAGAGAGACUAACAGCCACCUGUUUAGACACCAGGCUAAAGACAUUAAUUUCUCACAAACAACGUAAAAAUCCACCUCACUGUUUAAUAUGUUGCGCUGAUCCACAGCCAAAUAUAUAUCCUUGAAUGUGAAAAGUGGCAGAGUUGACAAUGCUGCUAGCUGAACCUGCAAACUGAUUUGAAUAUAACCAUUGCCAUGUGCUUUGUGCUUUGUUGUUGCCUUCAUUUGUUAUGCUUAUGAUUCAACGGAGGACAAAAAGCCACUUAAUUUCCUUUUUGAAUAUUUCAUAUUCCGGAGAUUUCUGUACAAUUGCAGGCCCAUAAAAAGGAAAGAUUACAUUGAAAAUAUGUUUAUUUCUGUAAAUACAGUAUUUAAAUAUUGUACAGAUUUUUUGCGUUAUUAUUUUAGCAGCUUUAGAACAGAGAGUGUGUGCUUUCACGCAGACACCUUAUUUCAUUAUUCUCACCAGCCAUGCAUGGCAUGUCAAGGCAGAAUUUGAAUGGCAUAUUCAUCGACAAUGAGUGAAAGUGAACGUUGCCUGUGUUGCUCUGCGAUUGAAAAAAAACUUGAAUACCUUUGCCCUUAAAACAUGAGUGGUUAUUGUUAUGGAACAUGGAGUUUCUUUGGGUUGGGAAAACCAUUUUUAAUUAUUUUUUUAUUAAAUGUUUUUAUUGUUAUUGGUAAGACAGGUACACAUGGACAAGAAACAAGUGACAAAACCAAACAGGACAAAGAUUUCCCAUUCCACAGAACUUCCCUAACCCAUUGUAUGAUUAGUGGUUCACAGUAGCAGUCUACAGAGUCAUGCGCUGAUGAAAGAGCAAUUACGUUUCUUUCACUACCGAUGUAGGAUCUUAAUUUGAUCCCUCUUUUGUUGAUGAGAAUUUUCCUGCACAGCAGGAAGUGCAAACUUGUAGUAUAUUCAAAGUUUAAAAAGGCUUCUAAAGUUUGUAAUUUCCACUUUAACAUUUCAUUUGCCCUAACUUAAAAUGUAUCAUACCCUACUAAAAAAUGUCCAUUAAUUAUAAUCCACAUAAUAAUUCACAUUUCCUGUUGCUGCUGGAUUAUUUGACAAAUUGACUCAAAUUAAGAUCCUACAUCUGCAGCCUCAUGCAUACGUGCUACAGAUAUUUCCAUGUGGGUAAAUCAUUUUGUUUGCUGUGCAACUGUCAAUUUGUAUUUAGUUUAGAUUACAUUUUUUAAAUUGGUUUGGUUUAUGAAAAACCUGCAUUCUGGUUUAUGGAAAACCUGUAUUCUACAUUCAAAUAAUCGAUAGUAAAUAUUUGUUGGCUCUUUCUAACGACAGUAAUUGCCCAUUCAAAACUAUCCUUCAACCACCCUGCAAAUAAUAUAAAGUGACAGUUCCAAAUCUCUGCCCUUCUCUCCCAAACAAUAGUAAUACAAGAGCAAUAACACCUUGCAAUUACAAGGUGUUGUUCCUUACCACGAUCUAACACAACCAUGAAACAUUUUUGUGCUGUGCUUCCAUUCUUACAUUUGCUUCAAGGCUGCAGCUACUGGAAGUAUUAUCCCCUAAAUCAAGUAUCGAUGGAAGGAAACAGCAAAAUAAAAACAACUUGAUAUUUGAAAUUCUAUAACCUUGUUUCAAUGAAAAAAUAAAGAUACAAUUAAUAGCUUUGCAAGUUAUAGCGCAGACAAUGCAGGAUAACCUUAUUUGAAGGUUUAUGGUCUUUCUUCAGUGUUCCUCUAUGAGAACCCUACACUAAGGGGUUUAAAACUCAGAUUCGAAAUGAGAUCUUCACGGAAAACUCUGAAUUUAGGUUGGUCUCCGUUGAUUUGUUGAUGUGAAAAAGUGCACAAGCUUUGAUCUAUGAUGCUGCCUAUGGCACUCUCCUGCAAUGCACGUUUUGCAUGAGUAACUCUUUACGAAUGGUGAGAAAACAAUUUCUAGCAACACUUUUUUAGGUUUGAGGUUUAGAUGUGGUGAUAAUGUUACACCACCAUGUGUGGAGAAAAGUGUGGCCUUUUCAAAUCCAGAUGCAAGGACAAAUGAACCAUUGACUGUGAAGGCAACGUUUGUACAUGUCCCAAUCACUCAUCUCACCCACUGUUAUCAGAGCAGAUCUGUUCAAUCUGUGGAAAGCCCUGAAGUGCUUUCUCCAUCCUAAUAACUAAUAUCAUAUUAAUCUAUAUGUCAUGUUAAUCUAGCUGCACAUUCCCCAUCCCCACCAUUAUAUGGACGUCAAUGUAUGACUACUAAGUUGAAGGAAAUAAAAAUACAUCAUUUUGUUUCUUUAAUGUAUUUCUACUUUGAUAAAUACCAUGUAUUUUGUGCAGCCUCCAGUAUAUUGUAAUGCACAAGAUGCUGUAUGUAGCUGCUUUACUGUAUACUCAAAGCUAUGUCAGAAUUGUAUGUUUAGCUAAAGUUUGCAUUGUAUGUAGUUUAUAAUGCAGAAGAAGAUGACAACUGGCACGCUAAAGAGAGUAAAUAUGUUGAAUUAUAUGGUAAUUUAUGAAUCUGGAGUUGAAUGGGUGGAUAGGAAAUUAAGGAGCAUAAUUGUAGCUAGCUUCUGCAUACCAAAAUAGAAAGUGCUUAACUCUUAAUCUAGAUUUUAAAAUAUUACAGGACAUACAAGUUCACUGCUACUUGAUUCUGUGCUUGUUGUAGAACAAGUGACUUCACUAUUCUGCCAAAUUUGACAUUCUUACUUAAUGUUUCACAAAUCACAUUUUUCAGUUUAUCUUUGGGUUGACACACAUGUGAUUUUUCUACUGUUGAGUUACAAGUCUCCUGCUCUUACCAUUUUAACUAAAAUGUGUUGUAUCCACAGCCAAACUGUCAUCCAAUAAAAUGUAGGUGUAUUUCAAAGAAUAUCUGACGACCUGUUGUUAUUAGUUUCUGGUGUCAUGACAGCCUGAGGGCAUGCUGGUUUUAUGACAUACAGUACAUGAUACACAUCAAAAACACAUAUGACAACCCUUCACACAUAAAUAACAGGAAGAAAGGCAAAAAACAGACUAUAUAAUGCUUUUACAUUUUGCCAGUGCAUUGUGUGUAACCAGUCAAAUGUGUUUUAUCACUAAUAUUGGAAACAACAGCUACAAUGUAUUCUGCAAUAAAUCAAAAGUUUGGAA